GUAGUCCGGGCCGCAGCACCGUCCGCGCCGUCCGCCCGUCCACCCGCCGAGCACGCGGAGCCCAGGCAGCGCCGCGCGGGGCCGAGGCGGGACCGAGGCGGGUCCGAGGCGGGUCCGGGCCCGGGAUGGCGCCGCUCGCCCGCGCCCGGCCGCCGGGGAGGCUGCUCCGCGCGCUGCUGCUCGCCGCGGCCGUUCCAGGAAUGUUGUGCUUCACUGAACUGUUUUUUAUAAAAGAGCCACAGGAUGUAACUGUCACAAGAAAGGAACCAGUCGUUUUAGAUUGUCAGGCUCGUGGAGAAGUUCCUAUUAAGGUGACAUGGUUGAAAAAUGGAGCAAAAGUACCCGAGAAUAAAAGGACCCAGGUUCUGUCUAAUGGAUCUCUCUACAUCGCUGAAGUGGAAGGCAGGCGAGGGGAGCCGAGCCAUGAAGGCUAUUACCAGUGCUUGGCAAUGAACAAAUACGGAGCCAUCCUUAGUCAGAAAGCUCACCUUCUCUUAUCAACUAUUUCUGCAUUUGAAGUUCAGCCACUUCCUGCUGACGUCCAGGAAGGUGGAGUUGCGCGGUUUGCCUGCAAGAUUUCAUCCAACCCUCCUGCAGCCAUCACCUGGGAGUUAAAUCGGACGACUCUGCCUGUAACUACGGACAGGAUCACUGUCCUACCCACGGGAGUUCUACAGAUCUAUGAUGUUAGCCAGAGGGAUGCUGGGAAUUACCGCUGUGUGGCUUCCACUGUGACCCAUAGACGGAAGAGCACGGAAGCCUCUCUGACAGUGACUCCAGUUGUGGAGCCUGCGUCCUUCCACACACCAACCAUCGUUGCUGGUCCACAGAACAUCACCACCUCCCUCCAUCAGACAGUGGUGUUGGAAUGUGUGGCCAUGGGGAACCCCAGACCCCUUAUCUCCUGGAGCCGACUUGAUCACAAGUCCAUUGACGUGUUUAAUACUCGAGUGCUCGGCAAUGGCAACCUCCUGAUCGCACACAUCAGACUGCAGCACGCGGGCGCCUACGUGUGCCGUGCCACCACCCCCGGCACACGCAACUUCACGGUGGCCGUGGCGACUGUGACUGUGCUGGCUCCUCCUUCAUUUGUGGAAUGGCCCGAAAGCUUGACCAGGCCAAGAGCUGGCACUGCCCGGUUUGUGUGCCAGGCAGAGGGCAUCCCCUCGCCCAAAAUGUCCUGGUUGAAAAAUGGAAGGAAGAUGCACUCGAAUGGCAGAAUCAAAAUGUACAACAGCAAAUUGGUUAUUAACCAGAUCAUUCCAGAAGACGAUGCUAUUUACCAGUGCAUGGCGGAGAACAGCCAAGGGUCCAUUUUAUCUCGAGCCAGGUUGACAGUUGUGAUGUCGGAGGACAGGCCCAGCGCACCCUAUAACGUGCAUGCCGAGACCGUGUCGAGUUCCGCCAUCCUGCUGGCCUGGGAGCGGCCUCUGUACAAUGCUGACAAAGUCAUUGCCUAUUCUGUGCACUACACGAAGGCAGAAGGGCUAAACAACGAGGAGUAUCAAGUUGUGAUUGGCAAUGACACAACGCACUUUAUCAUCGAUGACCUGGAGCCUGCAAGCAACUACACUUUCUACAUUGUGGCCUACAUGCCCGUGGGGGCCAGCCAGAUGUCUGACCACGUGACUCAGAGCACUCUGGAGGAUGUGCCCCUGCGGCCGCCGGAGAUCAGCCUGACCAGCCGCAGCCCCACCGACAUCCUGGUCUCCUGGCUGCCCAUCCCGGCCAGGUACCGGCGGGGCCAGGUGGUGCUGUACCGGCUGGCCUUCCGCCUCAGCACCGAGAGUGCCGUCCGUGUUCUGGAGCUCCCGGGGACCACACUCGAUCACCUGCUGGAGGGCCUGGAGCCCGACAGCGUCUACCUUGUGCGGGUCACUGCUGCCACCAGGGUAGGACUGGGCGAAUCCUCAGUGUGGACGUCACACAGGACGCCCAAGGCCACGAGCCUGAAAGCCCCUAAGUCUCCGGAGCUGCACCUGGAGCCACUCAACUGCACCACCAUUUCUGUGAAGUGGCAGCAGGAGACAGAGGACCUGGUGUCUGUUCAGGGCUACAAGCUUUUCUACAAAGAGGAAGGCCAGCAGGAGCACGGUCCUGUCUUCCUAGAGACCAGUGAGCUGUUCUACACCCUCAGCGGGCUGGACCCCAGAAGAAAAUACCACGUGAGGCUGCUGGCUUUCAACAACGUAGAAGAUGGCUACCAGGCAGACCAGACCGUCAGCACCCCGGGCUGCGUAUCUGUCCGAGACCGCGCGGCUCCUCCCCCGCCGCCCCCUCACCACCUCUACGCCAAAGCCAACAGCUCGGCCUCCAUCUUCCUGCACUGGAGGAGGCCGGCCUUCAGCACCGCACAGACCAUCAACUACACCAUCCGCUGCAACCCCGUGGGCCUGCAGAACGCCUCCCUGGUCCUGUACCUUCAGACGUCAGAGACUCACAUGCUGGUUCAGGACCUGGAGCCAAACACCAGAUACGAAUUUGCAGUCCGGCUGCACGUGGAUCAGCUCUCCAGCCCCUGGAGCCCGGUUGUCUACCACUCCACUCUUCCAGAAGCACCCGCAGGCCCUCCGGUCGGUGUGAAGGUGAUGCUGAUCGAGGACCACACGGCCCUGGUCUCCUGGAAGCCGCCCGAGGGCCCGGAGACGGUGGUGAGGCGCUACACCAUCCUGUACACCUCCAGGAAGGCCUGGACCGCGGGCGAGUGGCAGGUGCUGCACCGGGAAGGGGCAAUAACCAUGGCUCUCCUGGAGAACCUGGUGGCAGGGGACGUGUACACCGUCAAGAUCGCUGCCUCCAAUGAGGUGGGAGAAGGCCCCUUUUCCAAUUCCGUGGAGUUGGCCGUCCUUCCAAAGGAAGCGUCCGUGGCAAAUCAGAGACCCAAGCGCUUAGAUUCUGCUGAUGCCAAAGUUUACUCAGGGUACUACCACCUGGACCAGAAGUCCAUGACAGGCAUCACGGUAGGUGUGGGCAUCGCCUUGGCCUGCAUCCUCAUCUGUGCACUCAUCCUGAUCUGCCGCAGUAAAGCGAGAAAGUCAUCUGCUUCCAAGACAACACAGAAUGGGACUCAGCCAUCACCUUGUCCCAGCGCCUCCCUGGCCAGUGGGAAUGAAGGAGGGAAAAACGUGGACGGGGAUGCGGAAAAUGAAGAACCCUUAAUGUCUAACAGUUUCAUUGAUGCAAAGGGAGGAACCGACCUGAUCAUUAAUAGCUAUGGCCCCAUAACCAAGAACAAAUCCAAGAAAAAGUGGCUUUUUUUCCAAGAUGCAAACAAGAUGAAAGUGGAGCAGCCUCAGAGAAGAUUCACUCAGGCUGUCUGCUUCUACCAGCCAGGCACGACUGUGCUCAUAGGCGGUGAAGACUCCCCCGUCUCUCCCGCUCAGGCCCCCAGCUUCCCGGGGUCAUUUGACGUCAUCCCAGAUACGGAGCAUUCGGCAAACAGUGAAGGCAGCCGUGAGACGGGGGAUUCUGGAAGGUUCUCCCACGAGUCCGGUGAUGAGAUCCACCUGUCCUCUGCUGUUAGCACCUCUCCCCUGCCUUCCAGUUCCUCCUCGGGCAGUGACUCUGCUGGGAACCCCAUGGUGAAUCGGGGGGAUGGCCCCACGGUGGCAACAGAAGGUGAGCAGACAUCGUGUCCCACUGUCCACCCAGCAUCCACCACGCUCCACCAGGAAGGGAACAACUAGCCAGCCGUCUGUGGCCGCCUGGCUGUGCAUCUGUUCGAAGGACAAUGAGCAGGUAGCCAGAGCCUUCGGGGCCAUCUUGUCGUCUUACUGGGCGUCUUGGCCAGUAAGACUUGUGUGUUCUCUGCUUUGUUUUGGUUUUUGGUUUUAUUUGAAACUUCACGUAUGUUGAAUGUCUCAUCGUCAAUAAUGUGAAGACAGAAGACAGUCGAGAGAUUAUGGCUGGAUUAU